AUGGCCCUCUCCGACUCUAGAUUUCUUCUUCCCAGUCUCCAAAUCUUGGUGCCCCUCCUCUUCCAGUUCCUGUCCAUCCUAAUCCCCCUUGCAAGCCCACUCUCCUUCAACUUCUCCGGUAAUCGUUUGGCCACACCAAACUUACGUUACCAGGCCGACGCCUUCUUCGAUGGCACAGUCAUCCAGCUCACCAAGAACCAAGCUGACUCCUCCCCUUCCUCCCUUCAAAGGAGCGUAGGCAGAGUCACAUAUCCUGAGCCGGUGCUCUUCUAUGACGACGCCGCAGUCAUCAACUUCUCUUCCUGCUUCUCAUUCAGGAUGGGCGACUUCAACAGCAGUGCAAGUGCCGAUGGGCUCGCCUUCUUCCUGUCGCCGUAUCCUUCUGAGAUCCCGGAGAACUCAUAUGGCGGGACCCUUGGUCUGUUCAGUACUUUUGGUGCCAACAAGACCAGAAACAAUACAGUUGUGGCUGUCGAGUUUGAUAGCUUUAAGAACGUCGAGUACAACGAUUCAAGCUCCAAUCAUGUGGGAAUUGACGUCCACACGAUCUUCUCCGUUGCGCAUGCGGACCUGAAUGCUAGCAUCCGACAGCAGGUCUUUGAUGCAUGCGUUGGUUACGAUGGCGGUGCUAAAAACCUGAGUGUCUUUCUUCGUGAUACCUUGGAUUCUUCAAGGCAUUGGAGCACGUCAUACGUUGUCGACUUGAGGGAGGUCCUGCCGGAUAAAGGUUCCAUUGGCUUCUCAGCUGCAACAGGCAACAAGAUCGAGUCCCAUCGCAUUCUAUACUGGAACUUCUCUUCCACGGAUUUGGAUAUUCAUACCAACUCGAGUCGUAAAAAAUAUGAAGCCUUGGCGUCUGUCGUUGGCGCUGGGGUUGUGGCAUUUGGGUUUGCUUCUGUGUGUUUCUGCACGCAUCGCGCAUGCAAGAAGGGCAGCACAGGGAAAGAACAAGUGGAGAUGGCUGUUGCCAUCGAUUCAUUAAUCAAUAAAGCAUUUGAGAGAAGUGCUGGGUCUAGGAGAUUUCCUUACGGUGUACUUGCGAGUGCAACCAGGGACUUUGCAGAGGAGGGGAAGCUUGGGGAGGGAGGAUUCGGGGGGGUUUACAUGGGAGUAUUGCAAGGCUCGGGUCUUCAAGUGGCCGUCAAAAGGAUAUCUAGAGGUUCCAAGCAAGGGACCAAAGAAUACAUAUCAGAAGUCACGAUUAUAAGUCGGCUGAGGCAUCGCAAUCUUGUUCAGCUAGUAGGUUAUUGUCAUGAAAAGGGUGACUUGCUGCUUGUCUAUGAGUACAUGCCCAACAAAAGUCUCGACUACCAUCUAUACCAUAAGGAGAAAUUGCUUGCAUGGCCAACGAGGUAUAAUAUUGCUUUGGGAUUGGCCUCGGCGUUGCUCUAUCUUCAUGAGGAGUGGGAACAGUGUGUGGUGCACAGGGAUGUGAAGCCAAGCAACGUGAUGCUGGAUUCCGAAUUCAAUGCUAAACUUGGCGAUUUUGGAUUGGCAAGACUUGUGGAUCAUGACUGCGACCCCGCAACAACAGUCCUGGCUGGGACCCGAGGAUACAUGGCACCUGAAUAUGCCUUCACAGGUAAAGCUUGCAAGGAGUCCGAUGUCUAUAGCUUUGGAGUAGUAAUAUUAGAAAUUGCAUGUGGUAGAAAGCCAAUUGCAGUAAAGUAUGGUGAAGUGAAUUUGGUAGAGUGGGUUUGGGAGCUUUAUGGAAAAGGGAUGCACCUGAAUGCAGCUGAUGAAAGGUUCAAGAUGAAGUUUGAUAAGCUACAAAUGGAGUGCCUGUUGAUUGUUGGGCUAUGGUGCACUCAGCUAGAUUACGAGCUAAGGCCAUCGAUAAGGCAAGCCAUUAAUGUUCUGAAAUUUGAUGCUCCACUACCGAUUUUGUCACCUAACAUGCCUCUUCCAGUCUUUUUACGUCCUCCUCCAGUCGAUAUCUCUAAUCUUUGUAGUACUCCCAACUCAAUCAAAUCAGAAGGCUGAA